AUGAACAAACAUCUCUCUUUUAAAGGAGUCAGAAGGCUUCUAAGGGACCGUAAACAAGCAACUCGGCGCUUCGACCAACCACACUCAUUUCCUUCCCAUAGCCACCCAGUGCAAUCCAGCCACCCAUUCAACACAAAAUGCGUUUGCUUGGAAAUCCCUGUAGCUGAUUUAGAGCGUUCCGAAGCCGUUUUCCCCAGUUCAUAA